ACCUUUCUGGGAUAAAGCUGUUAUUCUUCCUAGUUCAUGCACCAUAUUUGUCAUUUUGCUUUUAAACAUAGAAAUUAAAAGUUGAUUACGACCAAGAAACUAAUUAUAAAAAUCUCACAAUCUUUUAUACUAAUACUUUUUCACAUUGCAAAGAACCAACUGUAGUCAAACAGGUCAAGGCCAAGCAGUCUAAGUACAAUGUUUAUGAAACAUCUUCCACGUUGGGUUUUCCAUAUGUUACAUUGCAGUUUCCUUGUAUUUUAAGUGAUUAAAUAUUUCGUAUGAAUUUAGUGAAGAAUAAUAGUAUCCUUCCUUAUAGUGAAAGAUGUUACUUUGACUAGUUAGUUUCUUAAUUAAUAUUUUCUUUUGUCAAAGAAACUUUCGUAAAUGGAUUUAUAGUAGUACUAUAUUACGUACGUAGCAUAGACACAAAAUAGAAAAAUUAAGAUAAUUGAAAAACGUUGUUUUCAAAAUAUUAUAUUUAAAACUAAUAUAUUUUUGUAAUAUUGAUAUAUAUUACACUGCUAUUACACACACGAAAUACAACAUAUUCGAAUGAGUGAAUAAACAUCAAAUUAUAGUGGUGUAUUUUUCACACAAAUAUAGCUUUGGAAGAUAAAUUUAGUAAAAUCAAGAUGGUUAGAAAAUGACUCUAAACUAUAACCAUAUAGUAUUUUAUAUAAUUUACAUCGGUUCGUACAUAUUUCACAUAAAAUGUCAUGUUGGAAGACAAAAGAGAAAAAAAUGAUCAUAAAAUUCAAAAAUAUGGAAUCACAGUUUCACAGAAGAAUGCGAUUUUAAGACGGAGAGUAGAAUCACAUACCUAAAGAGACGACCAUAAUUUUUUUAUAUAUGAAUUCAAAGACUGAUUAAAUUUUACCCUUGAAGAUUUUAUACCAUAAUAGUUGAAGAACACUAAGACUAUUUUCUCAAUAAAUAGCGUCCUCACUUCUCCGAAUAUAGCACAAAGAGAUAAAGAUCACUUCUGAAUCCUUAAAAAAAUUAAAGAAAAAGAUUUUGUUAUGUCUUCUUCAACCUCUUCCACACCGCAACCGGUUGUCAUCCAGGCCAUGGAGGAGUUCAAGGAGAUAGCAGCAGAGAGCAACAAUCUGAUACUAGGGUCCCCACAGGAGGCUAUGUCCAGAAGUGAGAACCCUAGUUUCAGAUCCGAUCCUGUCCGAACAGGAAGUGAGAUCAUGAAGUUCUACCCAUCAAAAUCAAAUAAGAUCUACAUUUGUCACUUCUGCAACAAACGGUUCUCAACCUCUCAAGCCCUAGGUGGCCACCAGAACGCACACAAACAGGAGCGAGACUGGGACAAGAAGCGUAAGGAGAUGGAAGCAAACUUUCCAGGACUCUCCUUUUUGAGCCCUUACCUAGACAAGCCUCACUUGCUCUUAGGUGGGUAUUCACAAGAUGCUUUAUCGAAUGAUAAUCAUCUUGGGAUCACUCUUGAACCUGUACUCAAACGUACAAGAACAGGAUUGUACCCAUCGUUCGGUGGUGGUCUCACCAACGUGGCCAUAGUUCCUCGCAUGACUCCUACCCGCUUCUUCACUGGGACCACUUGUACCAAUGGUUCUUCUUCAAUGGGGCUUGCACCAAGACCCUCUUACAACAACAAUCCCCCGAUGAUUCCUAGAAACAUUCCUCCUUUUCCACCUCCUCCUCGAGCCACCAAUCUCUCUAGCGUUUGCUAUUCUCAAAAGAAUGUAUUGAGCGAAGAGAAUCUCAUCUCAAAGGUAGGGAAUGACAAGAUCGUCGAGAUUGAUGAUGAUGAUAAUGAUCAGCCAGAAAAAGGGACAUCUAAAAGCUGGGGCAUUGAUUUAUCUCUAUCCCUUUGAGUAAUAUUGUAUGUGUGUUUAUUUGGUUUUCAUUUUUGAGGUAUCAUAGCUAUUAGAGACCUCUCUCCAUACACCUCAUCUCUGUCUAUGAAUAUUGUUGUUCUCCUUUUUAUUGUAUUUCAGUUUAAAUGUUCCUUUGUCUGUAUCAUCUCUCCAUCUAUUGACAUCUCAUUGUGUCUUGGUUGUUUUUUUUAAUCUCUGAUUUUCUUUUUUUUUAUUGUUGUGAUUUAUAUAGCGUGAGUCUUAAAAAAAUUUAGAUAAUUUAUAUAUCUCGUAUAGGU